AGCAACGCGGAAUUAUCGCGACUCAACAACGCGGAUUUCGCAGCUCCAGCGUGUUCCCGAACUGCCUUCGGGGCUGCAUACUGCUGCAGAUACGCGGUGCCACCCGCCCAGCCAACGCGACGCCGCGCCGACGUCGCGCGGCUUCACAACCAAGCCCCCUUGCUGCAGAGCCGUCGCAAACGAACGAGCAGGACGAUGGGCGACCCCAUGGAGACGGAACCCACGUCCCCGAAACAAGUAGCAAAAUCCGAGGCCCCGACACCCAUCAGAAGGAACCCGCGCCCCGUGCUCGCGAUGUUACGAGCGCCCCAGAUCGGGCACCCCCAAACAUUGACGGAGAUUCGCUUCGAGGAGUGGUGCACGCGCAUUACAAGAGACUGCCGCCUGCCCGGGGCGCUGCGAAAGAUACCGGCGGCGCUGGCGGCGUCGAAGCAGGGCUUCUUGGCUUUUUUGGAUCCCGCAUCGUUAGCUUCCUUUGGCGCGACGGGCGUGGCCAUGCGCGGCCGGCGCUCGCGAGGCGGCGAGUCGUCGUUGGUCGAGGCCGCGGCGGCCAUCUUGUGUCGCGAGUUCUUCAGAGAUGCGAGGCCAGAUACGGCAAGACCGGGCAAGGCCACGUUAUGCCCGGGCGACUCCUCCUUACUCCCCAUGAGACGGGGCCACGACCUGCGAACAAUACGGGCGUCGUGGCUCGCGCGGCUCGACGCCUUGCGGACGGGCGUCGUCAUCGUCGUCGACGUCGCGACGUACUGGGGCGCGUGCGACGAACUGAAGGCGCUGGCGAACCACGCGGUGUCGCAGUUGGACGAGAACCAGUGCCAGAUUCGGUUGCGAUCGUUGCGGAUGGACGACUCCGGGGAUUUGGCGGCAUUAAGGUUGCGAUUGAAGAACAAGCAGCUUUUGACUAGACAACCGCGCGUUUAUGAAAUUGUCGAUGGGCGACGGGAACUGCUCUCGGAAGCAUCUAAUUUACUCGCGGACUGCCUCCACGCCCCGAUGCAGUGGAUUCGCGAAAAGGAGGGUACGUUGCUCGGCGUAGCUACGCGCAGGGACCCGUUCAACGCCGGCGGCAUGCUCGCGGACUUGCUACCCGCGCUCCAGGGCGUCCGGUGGGACCCUUGUAGUGGAUUGUGGUCGACGGUCGAUCUAUUUUCGUCGGAAGAGUGCUCCACAUCAAUAAUCCAGGGCUGCGACGAGGGCUUCAAGCUCGACCAACUCAACUUCAGGAGGACGUUCGUCGUUUCCAGUCAAUAUGGCUUGGUCGUGGCCCAAACGGCGUGUCGCGCGCACGGCCUGAACGUCUUGAACGCCGCGGCCGCCUCGACCGUACCCAAGGAAAAAGCUGAUUGUAGGGAGUGGGUCGUCUCUACGGUCACUGGUAAAAAAUUGCCCUCGCUCAAGCCCUGGCGGCCGGUCAAAAAUCUUAAAUUGCUAGUCGUGACGGCGCCGGCGAAAAUGAGGACAGAAGAUGAAGCCAACCCCUUUGCGAGGUCAACCCCCUUUGACAUCGGCAAGCCGCCGCGCAUGCCCGGCGCCGUCGACGACUCGGGCGAGCGCAGGGACGCGGCCAUGAGGUGGCUCGAACGAAGGCGAACAACAAGAGGUGAGACGCUCGUGGCCGUCGCGGAAGAAGAGGACUUGAAUAAUGCUCUCACGAUAUAUGUCUUGGACGACGUCGCGAAGGCGUGGAUCGUCGUCGGGUGCUCGUCGAUCCCCAAAGAGCUCCGCAACGUCUGCGCCUGCGACGGCGCCGUGUUGUUGGAUUCUUUGGUGGGCGCGGAGGUCUUCGAUUUUGAUGUGUUGGGCUGGCGGUCGUGUCCCUCUAAAAUACCGGAAAAGGACGAGAAGUUCCAUUUGGGCUGCGCGUUAACAUCGCCCGACGGGUCCGCCGUUUUGCUGCGCGACGGCGGGUCCCGCUGUCGGUCCUUGGUGUCGCGCGUGCGGCGCGACGACGUGAGUGAAGCGGCGCCCACCAUCUCACGGGGGUCACCUUUACCUGACGGCCUGCGCCUCGACCGGCUCGUCCAGGAUCCGCGGGCAGAAGGCCACGACAAUGGGUUCGGGAUGUGCCUGCUGCCGAUGCCUAUCUGAUGAGCCGCGUAAGAUUCAAGACUCGUCCCUGC